UAGAAAUUCCCAAUUCCGAUCACAAUGGUCGACAAUUCCGUGGUUAUCAAAAUCCACGACCUGUCCGAUGACAUCACGGACCAGUGCGUCGCCGAAUUCUUCGCUCGCUACGGAGAAGUACGGUCAAUUCGUUCGGGAGUAUGGCCCAAGCCAUACCCGUGUGCCGGAAUCCCUGACGGAUACCGCUACGUCACAGCGGUUCUUUCUAAGCCGGUGCCGUCAUACGUCUCGGUUGGAGGGGAAGAGACGCUGGUGACCUACCGGGGACAGCAGAAAACGUGCCGGAAAUGUCGGCUUUCGACACAUCAUGCGAUGACCUGCACCCAAGCCAGGAAACUUGUAGCACAGAAAGCGAACAACAGCGAGAGACUGUCGUACGCUUCGGAGGUGCAGAACGGCACCGAAACACCUGCUCCAGAAACAAUCUCUCGGGCGAUCACACCGACCUUCCCGGCGAGCACAUCGUCCGGCCCAGAGCACACCGUGGCGGCGUCCGAGUCACACAAUGGACGCACCAGUACCGAGCAGUCCGGUGCAGGCCGCUAGCGUUGCGGCUAGUGCGCGGACCGUCCCGGUAGCAGCAACCUUCAUCCGGGCAAGUGCGUUGACCGGCAGCAUCGACCAGCAAUAAAAUGGCCAUCGGUGGACUUCAGGCGGGCACCGAUGCUUCAUCGACGUUCAAAACUCCUCAUGUCCUUUCUUCUUCCCCUACAACUGCAUCCCUUUCCUGACAAACAAUGGCAGGAGGUUUAUUACUCUGACUUGAAACUUCGCUGGGCAGUUUCAGUUCGGCGUUGCAUCAGAGCGGAUGGUUAGCAGUGCACGAGGUUCCUGAAAUAGUUAGCGGAAAAGUAAGCCACGACCGCGUGGUGUCGCCGAGCAGGAGCUCAAGUCAGAGAAAUCCUAGCCAACGCACAUCUCGUGCUGUUUGAGUCAUCAAGCGGAUCACGAGUUUCGUGCGGUCUGACAAACGGAAGGAAAUAUUCCUUUCGUGACGGCAGGUGAACAGCCGCAUUUUGACUGCGCACUAGCGUGGCUGGCUAGCGGUGCUCCUGGCCGCAUGGUGGCAGUCAAAAUGUGACGCCUACAGAAAAUCAGAACAAACACAGAAAAUCAAGACAUAUGGCCUUUAGUUGCCAGUCCUUAAACAAUAGAGGUCUAUGUCUCCAGGUUAGCUUGCGAAGGCCCAGGAAGCUGGAUUCAAUAGCCGUACUGGAGUAAAUCCUCGACGAAGAGAAGAAGAAGAAGACACUCGCUGGGUACAAUAUUGUAACGAACGUCGACCACGGCGUCCCAAGGAGACGCCACGCUCAAGCAACAACUUAGCGAUAAUAUCGUUAAGACCAUUUUUGUA